GCCUUACUAUCAGCUCAUGAUACUGUGGCCCAGAAGGAUUAUGAACCCAUUCUUCCACCACUGCCAGAUAACAUCCCUGAAAAUGAGGAGGCGAUGAGAAUUGUCUGCCUGGUGAAAAACAAGCAACCCCUUGGUGCCACUAUUAAACGUCAUGAGCUAACAGGAGAUAUUACAGUAGCAAGAGUAAUCCAUGGCGGAUUAGCAGAUAGAAGUGGGUUGUUGUAUGCUGGAGACAAACUGGUAGAAGUGAAUGGAGUUCCAGUGGAGGGACUGGAGCCAGAGCAAGUAAUCCACAUUUUGGCCCUCUCACAAGGAACUAUUAUGUUCAAGCUGAUUCCAGUUUCUGAUCGACCAGUCAGCAAUCAAACAACACUCUACGUGCGAGCAAUGGCAGAGUACUGGCCUCUUCAGGACCCUGCCAUUCCAUGUGCUGACGCAGGACUGCCGUUUAAGAAGGGCGACAUCCUUCAAAUUGUGGACCAGAACGAUGCCCUCUGGUGGCAGGCAAGAAAAAUCUCAGACCUCAGUGCUUGUGCUGGACUCAUCCCUUCCAAUCACCUUCUGAAGAGGAAGCAGCGGGAAUUCUGGUGGUCUCAGCCCUUCCAGCCCCACACCUGCCUCAAGUCAACGAUCUUGAGUACGGUGGAAGAAGAAGAUGACAUGCAGAUUGAUGAGAAGUGUGUAGAAACAGACAGUGAUAGUAUUGAAAUGAAAUGUAUUGUAUUUUUUUGCUCCCUGGAUGACUUAAAAGAUGAGGAGACUUUUGAGUCUGAGGAGCUUAAAGAAGAAGAGGAAGAAUUCAGUGGAUCUGGUCAGCAGAUCUUCAUUACUGGUUUUCGGAGAAGCAUGCGCCUGUGUCGCAGGAAAUCCCGCAACAGCCACCUCCCAUGUUACGCCCGGUGUCCCAGCGGCUGCUACAGUGCUGUAGCAGCCCCUUAUGAGGAAGUGGUGCGAUACCAGAGGCUCCCCGGGGAUCGAAACAGAUUAAUUGUCCUCAUAGGUCCUUCAGGUGUUGGAGUGAACGAGCUACGACGGCGGCUUAUCGGAAUAAACCCUCAUCACUUUCAAAGUGCAGUGCCACAUACAACCCGUGCUCAAAAGAGCUAUGAAGUGAAUGGUCGAGAGUAUCACUACGUACCCAAGGAAACGUUUGAAAAUAUGGUAUAUACUCACAGAAUGUUGGAAUAUGGAGAGUACAAGGGCCAUCUUUAUGGCACAAGUAUUGAUGCAGUACGUACAGUACUUGAUGAAGGGAAGAUCUGUAUAGUGGAUCUAGAACCCCAGAGUAUUCAGCUGGCUCGUACUCAUGAACUGAAGCCCUACAUUAUAUUUAUUAAGCCACCAAGUAUGAGCUGCAUGAAGCAGUCUCGGAAAAAUGCUAGGAUUAUUACAGACUAUUACGUGAACAUGAAGUUUAAGGAAGAAGACCUGCAGGAAAUAGAAGAGUCAGCCAAAAAAAUGGAGACUCAAUUUGGCCAGUUCUUUGAUCAAGUGAUUGUGAAUGACAACUUACAGGAAGCGUCCAUGCAGUUACUGUCUGCUGUGCGCCGAGCACAGGACGAGCCUCAGUGGGUCCCAGCAACGUGGAUAUGCUCAGACAAUCAGCCAUAAUUCUCAGGACUAGACAGUUUCACAAAGAUUAUAGUUCAUGCUUCACUACAACAGUAAUCGUAAUGCUGGGUUUGCUGGAAAGAAUAUAUCUUUGUUUGAAGGGAAUUUGGAGAGGUUUAGGUAAAACGCUAUUACAAGAUGUAAUAAUAUAUUGGCUGCAUCCGCACAUCACUUUAAGCCAUGAACUAUGAAUGAGCAACAUGAUGAUUCAUACAACCCAUUCACUCCCACUUCAUGUGGGCAGGUAAACAAACAGGAAAGAGAGAUUUGUGGGAUGUUUGAAACCAGGAUUAUGGUUUAUUGUGCCCAAACAAGCCAAGUUUCGUAAAUCAACAAACCCUGGUUAACAUUCUGGUUUAUUAAGCCAUAAUUUGUGGCUUAAAGUAAGGUACAAAUGCAGCCACUGCCUUGUUUGGCAUUCUUAAACGUUGUAUGUUCAGUAACAUUAAUUUUGUACCCCCACAAAAGUUUGCUAUAUUGUAGUGUCAGCAUAUACAUUAAUUGUUAAGAAAAAUAAAAGAAUCUAUUUUGUUGCAUUUA